AUGCAUUUCCUUGAGCAACUAACCGCUGUUAGCAGCGACAGUAAGGCUUUGAACGCUCUUUUAUGGGCUUUGUUAGCAACUGGUGUUGUCAAAGCCACAACUUUGUUUUUGACAGUCACAUCCCUUCUUUUUGAUCUACUUGUAUUUCCUUCUGUGUCAUACAAGAAGUAUGGGCCUGAAAAGGGAUCUUAUGCGUUAAUUACAGGUGCCUCCGAUGGAAUUGGUAAGGAGUUUGCUGUUCAAUUGGCAGAACGUGGUUUUAAUCUACUUUUGGUCUCGAGAACCCAUUCCAAGUUGAAGGCCCUUCAAGAAAUGAUAAUUGAAAAACAUAAGGUGGAUGUUGAAAUCCUGGCACUUAAUAUUUCCGAAGACUCGAGUGCUAACUAUGCUGCAAUCAAGAGCCUCUGCGACAAUGUGCCUGUCACUGUGCUGGUUAAUAAUGUUGGUGUAUCUCACUCUAUUCCAGUUCCCUUUUUGGAAACCGAGGAACAAGAAUUAAGAAACAUCAUAGCCGUCAACAACACUGCCACUCUAAUGAUUACCCAAACCGUUGCCCCCCUCAUUAUCUCCAACACUAAAAAGUUACAAUGCAGAGGUUUGAUUUUGACGAUGGGUUCCUUUGGUGGUUUGGCUCCUUCUCCAUUGUUGGCUACUUAUUCGGGCUCAAAAGCUUUCCUACAACAAUGGUCCUCUGCACUUGCCGGUGAACUUUCUAAAGAUAACAUCGAUGUCCAAUUCAUCAUAUCCUACCUCGUCACAUCUGCCAUGUCCAAGAUUAGAAAAACAAGCCUAUUGAUUCCUAACCCUCAGCAGUUUGUUCGCGCUACUCUCCAAAAUGUGGGAAGACGUGUAGGCUCGCAGGACAGAUACGCCACCACUACCCCAUACUGGUCCCAUGCCCUAUACCAUAUGUUUAUCGAAAACACCGUGGGUGUCUACUCAAGGCUUGUAAACGCCAUCAACUACAGAAUCCACACAGAUAUUAGGAGGAGAGCCCUCAGAAAGGCCGCCAAACUGGCUGCUACAAAGCAGGAAUAA